AUGAAAUGGGUCGUCGAAUCGUCUCCGGCGGCCGUCACCCGGCGGAGCGGAAAAAUGACGACUUUGCGGCUCUCCGGCAGCUAUCACUCCACGGAGAGGAGCUGGAUGGAGGUGGGGCACGUGUCAAGGAACUUCAUCCUCAGGUCCGCAUAGCAAGAGGAGGCUCUUCAUCGCAUCUGGUAUGCUCUUAAGAGGUGGCGACUCAUCUCUCACUGGAUCGUCCUCUUCUCGACGACAGCUUGUUUGUCAAUCAAUCAGAGAUGAUUUACUCGAUGGAUUUACGAUCCUUUUAUCGCAAAUCAUUCAGCAAUUUUAGUAACAAUGCUCUGCAAAUCAUGUUGACGAGAUUUUCACCGAUGAUCUAGCAAUUCUGGUUGCUUAAUCCUUCACUGGCGAUCUGCAAGAAAGUCGCGAUAAUCCAAGAAAAAAAUAUGAAUUUUUGCUCUGGGAGGAUUCGAACCCGCGCUAGUUGUCCCCGCCUCUUCUGAGGAAGGUGAUGGGUUUAGUCCCAUAUCGGUUGUGCGCUGAAUUUUCAAGCGAAUAUAUAGUAAUGUUACAUUUCUACACAAAGUCCCUUUCUCGCGCGUGUACGACCACUCCUUGCCCCAUUGUCGGCUGGCCAUCAAUGACGUGGAAGGGGAUUGGCGUACACGUUCCCCCAUCGGUUCAAGCCACUCGAGCCCUUGCUCGCAGCUCAUGCGUGACUGCGCUUCCGACCCACUUGCGGGCCCGGCGGGUCCCCCCGAUUUUGCUACAUUUUUACUUUAAUUUCUUUUCCUUCAUUUAUCUCAAAAGUAAGACUGUAAAAAUCGUAUAAAAUCACAUAAUUACCGAAAAAUUCACAUUAAUCAACUGAAAACCACUUUUCACACUUUAACACAAAUAUAAGUUUAUUUAUCACGAGUUAAGGCUAAAACUAUAUUAUUUACUAAUUAUUAACUCAUGAUAAUGAAGACUUAUCAGGUAAUCGGCGCGGGUUCGAAUCCUUCUAGAACCAAAAGUCAUAGAUUUUUAUCUGAUUAUCGUGACUUUCCUGCAGAUCGCCAGUGAAGGAUUAAGCAACCAGAAUUGCUGGAUCAUCAGCGAAAAUCUCGUCAACACGAUUUGCGGAGCAUUGUUACUAAAAUUGCUGAAGGAUUCGCGAUAAAAGGAUCGUGAAUCCAUCGAGUAAAUCAUCUCCGAUUGAUCGACAAACAAGCCGUCAUCGGGAAGAGGACGAUCUGCCCAGAGACGAGUCACCACCUCUUGAGAGCGUACUAGAUGCGAUGAAGAGCCUCCUCUUGCUGCACGGACCUAAGGAUGAAGCUCUCUAACACGCGCCCCACCUCCAUCCAGCUCCUCUCUAUCGGGUGACAGCCGCCGGAGAGCCGCAAAGUCGCCGUUUUUCCACUCCGCCGGGUGACAGGCGCCGAAGACAUUUUGACGACCCAUUUCAUUGAUCUCUAG